GCCACCUUGUUUCGGUCCAUUAUCCUCAGGCUGCGGACCUAUCGAUAUCAUAUUCACACGCUCGCUGCCACCCCCGUUCAGGAUAUAAAAGCAUCCUCCUUCCCCUUCUUUUUUUUCACUCCAGUAACCGGUACCCCGCCCCCACCACUCCUUACUCUCCCCUCACAUUCUCUCAUCUUCAACCAUGUUCAACGGUGCAGCAAUCGUUCUCCUUCUCACCCUGACAUCUUUUGUCACCGCCACCAUCAGCCUUCCCCACGGUGAACGUCCUCUGCACCGUCGUCGCGGCUGGGCCCGCCGCACCCUGGAGGAGCGUCAAGGAGGAUCUCAUGGCCUACGAAGACCACAUGUCGCACCCAGCUUCUGGAGGCUUCUCUUCGCAAGUCCAAGUUGCGGCGGUGCAGACCACUACUGCUGCAACUUCGGUCACUACUCAGGCGACUGAUACGACGACUAGUUCGUCGUCGUCAUCCACUGGUUCUGCCUCUAGCAUCGUUGCGGCUACGUCGUCGAGCCCAAACACCGGAGAAAUUACUUACUACAGCACUGGUCUAGGCGCUUGUGGUGUAACUAGCAGCGACACCGACCGCAUCGUCGCGCUCUCCCAAGAACUGUACGAUCAAUACACCACAAACGGCAAUUCGAACGACAACACCCUGUGUGGAAAGACCAUCCACAUUGAAUACGGCUCAAGUUCGACCGACGUUACCGUGGUAGACCGAUGCACUGGAUGCUCAAGCACUGACCUAGAUCUAUCUCCCACUGCGUUUACCGACUUGGCCAGUGAGGAUGAUGGCCGUCUAUAUGGCGCCUCAUGGUACUUCACGUCCUAAACUAUACCCCUCGUUACAGUUUUAGAAGGUUAAAGGAAAUUAACGGUUUGAUCUACUGGAUAGGUCGCCGUUGUUUAUUUAGGGCCUGGUGCCGUUGGUAUUAUCUAACUUGUUGUACGCUGUACUUGCUGCUGGCUUUAAUUGUUAUCGCUUCUCUUGAUGGGAUUUAUCGU